ACGCUCAUUUCAACGAUCCGCUACAUCAUGGCUGACCAGUCGGGUGUGAUAUGUGGUCAAGGAUACAUCAAUUUAUCUGAAUAAACUCACGUAUCAUCCAGAAGCAGCAUGACUGUCAUGCUGGUGUCUUUGGUUCUCGGGGCGCUUAUAGCCCUUUACUUUUAUCUGACGCGAAAUUACAAGUAUUGGCAAAAACGUGGAGUACCUUGCCUGGAUGGAGCUCUGCCGGUGUUCGGUCAUAUGUUGCCGGUGAUCUCCAUGAAGACAUAUUUGGCCGAUUUCUGUACCAAGAUUUAUAAUGACUACAAGGGUCGCAGCAUGGUUGGAAUCUACGACUUCGCGUCACCGUCGUUAAUGGUCCUCGAGCCGGAGCUAGUGAAAACGGUGCUGCAAACCAAUUUUUCAAAUUUCGCCGAGAACACCGUCGAACUCGAUCCUAAAGUGGAUCCGCUCCUGGCGCAUAAUCCUUUCGUUCUUUCCGGUGAGAGAUGGUUACUCAACAGAAAACGCAUAACUUAUGCGUUUUCCAGCAUGCGAUUGAAGCUCCUGCUUGAAAACGUCAAAAAAGUGUGUGUGUCGUUCGAGAAGUACGUGAAUGAAAAACUGAGCAAUAAACAAACGGAAUUCGAACUAAAAAGCCUGUUUGCUAGGUACUCCGCGCAAGUAGUAGCCGCUGCUGGUUUCGGCGUGGAUGGAUAUUGCUUCGAUGACGAGAAAAAAGAUAUAUCUUUCCGAAAACUCGGAAAAGCCAUUUUCGAGCCGACGAAACGAAAUAAAAUUACGUUUGCUUUAACGUUUCUCAUUCCGUCGUUAAACAGAAUCUUCAAAUUAAGCAUGAUUCCGAAGCACGUUGACCAUUUCUUCAGGACGCUGGUUGCGGAUCUCACGGAACAAAGGAAGAAGGACGGAAUACCUAGGAAUGAUUUUAUCAAUUUGAUGUCUGAACUGGAGCGAGCGGAGGGCAGUGAAUUCGACACCGAAUAUAUCACGGGGCAUGUGAUGAUGUUAGUUCUCGACGGCUAUGAGACCGCCAGCAGUGUUAUGAGUUACAUCGGAUUUCAUUUAGCCACUCACCCAGAAGUACAGGAGAAAUUGCGCGAGGAGGUGAUAUCCGUACUCAACAAAUAUGACGGUGAACUGACUUACGAAAAUUUGAGAGAGAUGACGUUCAUGGACCAGGUCUUCAACGAGACGAUGAGGUUGUUGCCCGCAGCAGUGGUCAUGAAGAAACGAUGCACGGAAGAGAUCGAACUGAAAGGAUCCGAUGGAAUUACUUGUCGCGUGCCACCCGGAAUGGAAAUCCUGAUACCGGUUAAAGCUCUACACAGUGAUACUCAAUACUGGAAAAAUCCUGAAGAGUAUGAUCCUGAAAGAUUCGAUAGAAAAAACCACAUCGAAAAAUUCACCUUUCUUCCCUUCAGCGAAGGUCCGCGCAUUUGCGUAGGUAUGAGAAUGGCCCAGUUGCAGAUAAAGGCAGGCUUGGCUAUUCUUAUAAAAAAAUACAGACUGAAAUUAUCGCCAAGAACGCAAUUACCUUUGAAGAUGAUACCUGGAACCAUUUUACCAUCACCGGUAGGCGGUCUGUGGGUCACUAUUCAGCAGCUUUAAAUACGAAUAAUUUUUUCCAGCGUCACAAGUAAUUUUUUACGUUUAAAGCAAAACUUUGUAAUUAAUCUUUUAAUAAA